AGUACACUGCUCUGCCGACCAUGGAGUUCGACUGUGAGGGCGUGAGGCGGCUGCUGGGCAAGUACAAAUUCAGGGAUCUGACUGUGGAAGAGCUGAAGAAUGUGAACGAAUUUUUCCCACACUUCAGAUAUUCCAUGGACACCUAUGUUUUCAAAGAUACUUCCCAAAAAGACCUGCUAAAUUUCACUGGGACUAUUCCUGUGAUGUACCAGGGUAAUACAUACAACAUACCCAUUCGCUUCUGGAUUUUGGAUUCCCAUCCUUUUGCUCCACCCAUUUGUUUCUUGAAGCCAACUGCAAACAUGGAAAUCUCAGUGGGAAAACACGUGGAUGCCAAAGGCAGAAUAUACUUGCCCUAUCUUCAAAACUGGAGCCAUCCUAAAUCUGUGAUUGUUGGACUAAUUAAAGAAAUGAUCGCCAAGUUUCAAGAGGAACUUCCUCUGUAUUCUGUGUCAUCGUCCAGCGAAGCGCAGCAGGUGGACUUGCUGGCCUAUAUUGCAAAAAUCACUGAAGGUGUCUCAGACAUAAAUUCAAGGGGCUGGACAAAUCAUGAUAAUAAAAUACCCAAUAAAAUUACUGUGGUUGGAAGUGGAGAUUUGGGUAUUGCCUGUACAUUGGCAAUUUCAGCAAAGGGCAUUGCAGACAAGCUGCUCCUUUUAGACCUCUCAGAUGGGACUAACCAAGGGACCAUGGACCUUGACAUCUUCAACCUCCCUAACGUAGAGAUCAGCAAAGAUUUGUCUGCCUCUGCUCAUUCCAAGGUGGUGAUCUUCACAGCCAACUCUCUGGGUGGUUCUGAAUCCUACCUCCAUGCAGUACAGAGCAAUGUGGACAUGUUCAGAGCUCUUGUUCCAGCUCUGGGACAUUACAGUCAACAUGCUGUCUUUCUUGUUGCCUCUCAGCCAGUGGAAAUCAUGAGCUAUGUGACAUGGAAACUGAGCACAUUUCCUGCAAAUAGAGUGAUUGGGACUGGAUGCAAUCUGGAUUCUCGGAGAUUACAAUACAUUAUUAUGAAUGUUUUGAAGGCGCAGACUUCAGGCAAAGAAGUGUGGGUUGUUGGUGAACAGGGAGAAAACAAAGUAUGCUCAUGGAGCAGCCGAGAUGGAGUAACGAGUCAUAGCUCUCAGGCCCAGCUGUCCAGCAGAGCUGUGGAACUGUUGAGGGUAAAAGGUCAGAGAUCUUGGUCUGUUGGACUGUCGGUGGCUGACCUGGUAGACACCAUUAUAAACAACAAAAAGAAAGUGCAUUCUGUAUCAACUUUAGCAAAGGGAUAUUAUGGUCUAGAUAAUGAAGUAUUUUUAAGUUUGCCUUGCAUCCUGGGAACCGGUGGAGUAUCUGAAGUCAUUAAAGCCACAGCAGAAGACACGAUGAUGGAGACACUCCAAACCAGUGCAUCCUCAAUCCACAGUCUCCAGCAGCAGCUGAAACUCUAAUUCUCAAGCGCGCUCACCCGAAGGGCGGAGCUCAUUUACUUUCGCCAACACACAUUGUUUUGAGAACUUCCACAACUUACUAUUUAUCCUUAAAAACAGCCUUUGUGGUAGAUGGUUUCUUAGUUAGCUUCCUAAUUUAAUCCUUGAGAAGAGGAUGGGAAAGUAUUUGAUUUUUUUUGACAUACCUAUACUGCUGUUUAAAUGUACAGCAGGGAUAAACAUUCAUUUGCAUUGUAUGUCAUUUUAAAUUGAAUGUCCUAAACUUAAGGCACAUCUAGCACUUUGGAGAUGUUCUAAGAGAAAUGCAAUCCUUAAAGAUUCCUGUUGGACAUUUAUUCUAAGCAUGGUAAGCUUAGGCAGGAUGGGCACAAAAUCUGUGGUAGGUGUUCGUUCCGAGAUGCUUGGCUUACAGAUUAAUGCUGCUUUUGCGAGACCCAGUUGAUGAUAAUGGCCAGUUCAUCAGAUAACAAACACCAGAAAGGACUUUAGUGUGCAUUUUAAAUUGAUCUAAUGGAAUGUUUAAUACAGGAAAAAUAAUGUGAUUUAAUUUCUAGUAAGAUUUCCUGUUUAAUACAUGAAAAAUAAUAUGUGAUUUAAUUUCCAGUGAGAUUUCCUUUCUGAAAAUUUCUAGAACCCCUUCCUGGGCUAGAAGAUCUCCAACAUAUCUUAAAAGUGUAUCAGUAGAAAAAGAGAGAUGUGUUUUUCUGUGGCCAUAAGUAAUGAAUAACAUCCAAGCAGUAUAUUUUGAGACCAAAUCGUGAGGCUUUCCUAAGAGCCAUGGUCUUAGGGAGAGAGGCCAGCCGGCUGGAGUGCUGCUUCAGAGAAAGUCAUUCACCCCUGGAGAAACAGUUCCAACUGUGCCCGGGAGAUCGGUCAGCAGCAGCACUUCCACGUGGGAGACUGCACGGUGACUGUUGUGACAUGCAGAAGACAGCGAUGGCUAACACAACUCUUACACGGGAGCUCCUUAUCUGUAGAAUCCUCACGUUAAGUGGCUGAGGUAGGGGCUGUUUAUUUUCAUUACAGAGGAGGAAGCUGAACGUUAGUGUCUAAGAACACAUGGGUUCCAUGGAGCAUUACUGACCUGUGCAACCUUUACUUUUUAUAGGUAGCAGCAGGGGCUCUAGGGAGGCCUAGAGGCUUAAAAGCCAAGUUGUCACAGACACUAAAGUUGAGGUUUGGGGUACUAUGAAAGAAUUCCUUUCAUUUUCACAUAGGACCUUUUCUUUCUUUCUUUCUUUCUUUCUUUCUUUCUUUCUUUCUUUCUUUCUUUCUUUUUUAUUUUAUUCUUUUCUUUUGAGACAGGGUCUUUAUGUAGUCCUGGCUGUCUUGGGGCUCACUAUUGUAGACCAGGUUAGCCUCGAAUUCACAGAGGUCCUCCUGCCUCUCCCUCUGUCUCCCAGUGGGAUUAAGGUAUGGGCCACCACGCCUGCCUAUAUUUUUAAAAAUAUUUCUUACAAAGACUGAUUAGCUUGACCCCCAGAAAUUCAGCAAAGCAGAGGUAGUAUGGGCUGGAGACAGUGUUCACUUAGUCCUUCAGCUGGUGUUUAUGAGAAAGUUCUCACAGAUGAAGCACUGCUGGUGAACACCAACAGAUUAGAGCAAGCCCUGCUGGUGCGUAAGGAUUAGCACGGAACACAGUGACCAAAUGUCAUAUAAGUGCAAGUGUGCUAAGUCCUGUGAAGUUCGGAGUCAGAGGGGGGGAAAGCCCGUGACAAGGACUCCAGUGUAGCCAGAGAGGAGCGUAGUGGUUUGUGAGGUACAAAGGAAAUAAUCUCAUUCUCAGUGUGACACUCGGUGAUGGUAACAGCCGCAGAACCUCUGCUGGAGAAGCUAGAAAAUGAUGUCUGAGAAAGAAUCCCACCAGAUUUAACUGCAUAAAACCUUGGACAUUCAGGCUAGGGAUGUAGCCCAGUGGCGAGAUGAUUUCCUGAUGUGUACAGAGCACUGAGUUUGGUCUCAGAACCACAAAAACUUGGGGUACUUGAGAUAAGCAUUUGUAGACAGUUUUUUUGUUGUUUUUACUCGUCUUUCGUAUGAAACAGGAAAGUUGAAACAACAUUUCUUAUGUGUUUUAAACUAGUAUUUUAUAAUAGGUGAUGACUAAUUAGGGAUUCAGUAAUUCCUAAGAUAGAACCUUUUUUCUCUUCAUUUGUUUUUGAGACUAAUCUUACACCAUCAUCUUGCCUAAGCCUUGUGAGUGCUGGCCUCUCGGCUAUGAUCUUGCCUAAGCCUCGAGAGUGCUGGCUUUCAUGCCCAGCAAUAGUUUUUGUUUGUCCGGUUUGUGGGGAUCUAGUCCAAGAUCUGAUACAAGCUGGGCAAGACCUCCACCACUGCGGUUCAUCCCCAACCUGGUUUCUGGGGUCUAAUUCUAACACUCUUCAACAGUGAGCCAACUGCAGAAUGUUAGAACAAUGAGCUGCCAAGAACUGUGUCAGAUACAGAAAGAAAUGUCAAUACAACAGACAUUUAUUGAACACUCAGUGUUCUCCCAACUAUUUUGUGCAAGUUUGACCUCACCCUCAAAAGGUCCUGGUAGAGAAGUCAUUUUCUGUAUCACGCACUUCCUUGAGUUAGGCAGCAGUUGUAAGUUCCGUGUAAGUCAGGCGGUGUCAAUUGCCAGCACCUCAUUUUGAUUUGCUGAUUUAACAGUCACAGGGCUUCUGUGUGGUAACUUUCAUUUUCUCUGAAUCUUUUAAUGUUUGGGUGAUGCUGACUUGAUUCACCUAUAUAUUGUGUCAGUCUCUAAACCAAUGGAAAAUAUACAGCGUUUGCAUAUUUCUCAUUGGAGGCACAAGGACAGAAUCCAAAUUAGUGUCCAUUCCCUAAGGAAAUACCUACCAUAUGGUAAGUUCAGUCCUACAUCAAGUUAUAAAUCUGGACUGUUCUGAAAUGCAGGCUUUUGUGAAAAAGUAAGAGAUUUAUUUCCUCAUUUAAAAAAAAGCACUAUGUUACGUAAAAUGUUGCUUUUUCUUGCUAUGUGACAAGGUGAGGGAAACUUUCAUUGCUCCAAAAUCAUGCGGUACCUCAUGAUUUUAUUGGGGCCUAGAUUAAAAUGCUUUUUAAUACUGUAAGGUAUAUUUUUCAUUAUCGGUUUACAUGGUCUUCCUUAAAUAUCAAAAAUAAUAAAAUAAACUUUGAUUUUUAAA